UUUUAUCUGAAGUUACAGGCAAAGUUGAUGCUUCCUACGUCUGUUAUUCAAACAAUCAUUGAAGGACUCCAGGAUAUACAUGACAUCAGCCUGUCAAAUUUGCUGUGUAAACUAAAAGACAAACUGAUUCUACUUGGAGUUCCUGAGACAGACAUAGAAAGAGUGGUAGAUGAGAUUAAAGUGGAUGAUCUUCUCCACACUUGCAACACUCAGAUAUUGAAAACGGAUCAGAGGAGGAAAACUGUGUUUAAGCAAAGUUUCAACUACAUUGAGCCAGUUCCAAUUUGUUUAGGGAACAAUGAAGCUGGAAAUGAAUGCUUUGCCCAGUACAUUCCAAUAAAAAAAACAGUUGCUAGUCUUUUCAAGAGCGAGUCCAUGCGGGAGCAGCACAGCAACACCUGUUUGCAGGCUCACAACAGCAAUGUUUUUAAGGACAUUUGGGAUGGAAAAGUAAUUGCAGAAAAUGCAUUGUUUAAGUCAGAUCCCAUGUCCCUGGGCUUGAUUCUCUAUCAGGAUUCAUUUGAAGUUGUUAAUCCAUUAGGUUCAGGGAAAAAAACACAUAAAGUGCUGGCAGUCUAUCUCACUUUAGGAGACAUUUUGCCUCAUAAUCGGUCAACCACUGACCAUAUGCAACUUGUUCUACUUUACAGAGAGCAAGAUUUCAAGUUCUUUGGACAUGACAUGGUGAUGGGGCAGCUGAUAAAGGAUCUCAAAGACCUUGAGCUCCGACAGAUGGUUGAGUUCAUUUGUGCCCCUGCCAUUUCUUCAGGACAGAUCGCCUACUUAAAGAAUGAUGUCUACAACUUUGGGAGAGGAAAUACAAAAGGUCAUUUCCAAAGCGCUGCCUGGUCUUCUUGAAGAAAAGAAGGAACAGUUGCUGCAGAGACUUCUUAGCUGGGGUGUGGAGAGCACAGAUGAUCUUAAGUAUGUAGAGGGAGCUCCUGGAGUGGACCUGUCUGAUUUACUCCCGCCCAUCCAGAUUCGCAAACUGCUAGACAGCUUUAUGAGAGCUGGAGAACAAAAUCAAUCUGGUGAUGUCCCUCCAACAAUACCUCCGCCGCCUUCCACUGUCACAUUAGACACCAUUAGCCCACCAAGCCUUUCUUCAACCACAGCAGUUACUUGGCCUGAGUCAUUUCAGGUUCCUUGGAACCAA